GACCAUGCGGUCAAGCCAGACCAAAAACGAGGUCACAGAGCACUUAGGGCACAGUUCAGCAAUUCAAACAUUCGAGCAUGCAAUUGAGGCAGCCGGCAGCGCACGGGAAUAAGUAGGUUUGCAAGAAGACGGUGUCACACACAACUACCCUACUACCAACGACGAAAGCACCAAACAUGAAUCUUGUCGCCCUUGUCGCUCUCGUCACAGCGGCUGGUGCCGUAGAACAGCUCACAACAAUUAUGAGCCGUCGUCAGUACAACAUGCCUUUGGUCAGGAGCAACUCGAGCGAGGUUCAUGCGGGGGACACUCUUACGACGUUUUUGGCGGAGGCUCGCCAAGUUUUCCUUAGGCGAGUGGCCUCAUUUCAUGCAAUCGGACCCAGUACUCGUUUCAAUCUUUGUUCAACGCCGGUGAAAUCUACCGCAACAAUACUAACCGCUUCGUCUUUGGGCAGCCGCGCUUCACUCCUGAGGGUCACUCGUUUUUUGGAGUGGUGGAAUGACUGCGUAUCUGAAUUUCACAGGUCCUGUCAUUGAGGGGGACAAAGUUUUUGUCGACCAUACCUACAACGCCUCAUAGAUGACCCGGAGGGAUGAUAGUGGGGUCUCUUUCUCUGAGACAGCCUCUUGUUCUUCGACAUGUAUCCAGGGGCAUUGGCGAGCGAGAACCCUAGCCACCCUUGGAUCCUCAGCACGGAUAAUACCACAGACGGCUCUGUCCUC